CAAUCUAGCACACAAAAGCAAUGUAAACACUUGGUAAUCAAUUUUAGUGACACAUUAACAAUACUAAACAUAACUACCGGGAAAUUAAGUUAAAGUCCAUCCCGUAUCUACUCAGAAGAUUACAAAUUUAUAACUGGUGAUGAUGAUUCUCAGUGUGAGUGUGCUGCUGCUGCCACUGGUAUGUUCACAGCUCCAGGGCUGGAUAAACUCUCCUGAUCAUCCACUGGCAUAUCCUAACAACUGCAAAAUGAACUGGACUCAGUGUGCUUCUCCAGGCUUCACUGUAUCUCUCACCCUCAUUCACCUGGACCUGGAGAACAGUGCACAAUGUGAACAUGAUGCUCUCAUGAUAUUCACUGGGAAGGAUCUGUUCAAGUCUUUGUGUUCCAACAUGUCCUUUAUGGAGAUGCAGUCUUCUAUCAAUCCUCAUCUUCACUCUGCUUCUGGAGGUUGUUUAUCCAUUUAUUUCUAUUCAGAUGACUCACUCCCAGAGGUUCAUACUGGAUUCAAUGCCUUUUACCAAAUCCAAGAUGUUGAUGAAUGUGCAACGCAGAGUAAUCCAUGCAGCCAUUUCUGCAACAACUUCAUCGGAGGAUUCCGUUGCAGCUGUCCACAUGGAUAUCUUCUUAAUCAUAACAACCGCACCUGUGAUGCAAUUAAAUGUGGGCCCCCUGAACCCUUGCUGAAUGGACAUGUGAAAUUUGUUAAAGGUUCUAAUAAUGAAUACCUGUCAGUCAUUGAGUACCACUGCAAUAAACCAUUUUACAUUUCCAUGGGAAAACAAAAUGGAAACUACACAUGUGGUGCUACCCAAAUAUGGAGGAAAACUGGCGAUAAUAUAUCAUGCCAUUAUGUAUGUGGUCACCACACAUUAAAGUCUCAGUAUGGCAGAAUAUUUGGAGGAAAGUCGGCUCCCCCUGGUUCCUUUCCUUGGCAGGUCUAUCUUCUUAAUAAUGAAAAUAGAGGAGGGGCAGUUAUCAUUGGAGAAAAAUGGUUAAUGACUGCAGCUCACAACUUGGUGAAUCAUGGUACUACAGUCCCCACAGAAAAGGAACACAUUAAGGUAUAUGCUGGUCAUAAUAAUGUAAACCAACUGGACAGGUUUAUUACCCUUAGUAUUUCAUCAGUGCAUGUACAUUCAAACUACACUACAGAGUAUGACAAUGAUAUUGGCCUAAUUAAGCUCAAUUCAAAAAUUACAUUCAGUGAGAAUAUCAGGCCAAUUUGUCUACCACUGAAGCAUGAUGAAAUGAAAACCUACAGAGGGUGGGUGUCUGGUUAUGGCGUGACUGAUCAGCUAACAACUUCCAAUGAAUUAAAAUAUGUUGAUAUUUCUACUGUGGACCAAAAGACAUGUAGAGAGUCUUUUGAAAAGAUAAGGAAAACUGACACAGACCUUGUCCAUGUUACAGACAACAUGUUUUGUGCUGGAGAUAUGAUGGGUGGAAAGGAUUCAUGCGCAGGUGAUAGUGGGUCAGCCUUUGUUGUACAAGAAGAAGGUGUACACAGGGCAAAAGGUAUUGUUAGCUGGGGUGUUGUACAAUGUGGCCAACCUGGCAUGUUUGGAGUGUAUACACAAGUAUCACAGUAUCUUGACUGGAUAAAUAAGAUAAUGAGUGAAAAAUAUUUGUCCUUUGAUGAGUCUACUGUUUAUUUAUCUAAAGCAAUCUCUUGCCCCAAGUUAAUACUGCUGUUGAGUUCUUAUUUCCUCUAUUAUCUUGGUUUUAAACACUGCAUUAAUGGACUUAAAUGUUCAUCUAAUAUGAUUAAUAACACUCCCGCUAUUGUCCCUGCCAGGCUUUUUAUAAUCUUUAUGAACAUGCAAAAAUGGAGGUUUGUAAUCACGUCUGUGAUGUAUGGUGAGUUACACUCUCCUAAUUACCCUGAACAUUAUUCGGCUCCCCUUGAUAAAAACUGGGAUUUGGAGGUGCCUCCCGGUUAUCACAUUCAGCUCAAUUUCAACUAUCUCAAAAUCAAUCCAUCACAAGACUGCAGGAAUGAUUCUCUCAUGAUAUCCUACAACGAGAAAGUGAUGAAGUACUGUGGUGAGGAGGAUUCAGAGAACCACAGCCAUCCAGGAAACAGUUCCAUCUUUAUACCUGCCACUAAAGUAAAGCUCUCUCUUCUUACUAAUGAAGUUAACCAAGGGCCUACCCCACCUGUGGGCUUCUCUGCAUUUUACCAUGCUACAGAUGUAGAUGAGUGUUCAUUGCUGAGUCAAGAAGAUGGAGCAGAUCCUCCCUGCACUCAGAUCUGCCUCAACACCAUGGGUUCAUACCUUUGUGCUUGUCAUCAUGGCUUCAAGCUGGAUGUUGAUCAGUGCACAUGUAUUCGGGUACAGUGUGAGUCUCCAAAAAGCAUAAACGGGAGGAUUAGCCCAGUGCUUCCCACAUACUACUACAGAGAUGUGAUCACUGCUCACUGUGACAUAGGCUACAAAAUCAUUACAAAAGGAGUAGAGCUCAGUAAUUACACAUUUACCUGUCAGAGUAAUGGCCAGUGGAGUUUACCUCUUCCUCGGUGCCAUAUUAUACAUUGUAAAAACCCACCACGCUUGCUACAUGGAGAAGUGAAAUUCAUCUCUGAGCCUCAAAAUCAAUAUCAAUCUGUUAUAAAGCUGCACUGUAAUAGACCAUACACUUUUCCUGCAACAUACAAUGUAACCUACACCUGUGAUGCAGAUAAGGAAUGGAAAGAUGACCAAAACAAUGUCUUGUCUGAGGCUUCAAAAUGUGUCCCAGAGUGUGGACGCCCAAUGGUUGGCCUGGAGCGUCAUAAGAGGGUGUUAGGAGGUCAUCUUGCUCCACAACGAGCCUUCCCCUGGCAUGUCUUUAUAAAUCACUUACAUGGAGGAGGUGGAGCUGUCAUAGCAGAGAACUGGAUCUUGACAGCAGCAAAUGUUCUAAUGAUCAAAAACCAGAUUAUUGACCCCAACCAAAUGAAGAUAUAUGUUGGAGUGAGUGAUGCACUAAAACGAUCUAAGUUCUCACCUCUUGGGAUCAAGUCUUUACACAUCCACCCCUUGUAUAAUAACUCAGAUGAUACACACUAUGACCAUGACAUCGCAUUAAUAAAGCUGGAGAAGCCCAUUGUGUACAAUGCUGAUGUGAUGCCAUUGUGUUUGCCUCCACAAGAAGCUGAAUUUACACCUGGUCUUACUGGGUGGGUCUCUGGAUUUGGUCAGACAGCGUUAAGGAAAUCAUCCAGGUAUCUCAGGUAUACCUCCCUCCCUCUUGUGGAUAAAAAGACAUGCCAAAAUUUUGUCGAUAAUUUAAGGAUCCCAGUGGCCCUGACAGACAACAUGUUCUGUGCUGGUGUACCCGAAGGUGGAAAAGAUGCAUGUGAUGGAGAUGGUGGUGGGGCACUGGUUUUAAAAAAGGAUGGUGUGUUCUGGGCCACAGGCAUUGUUAGCUGGGGUUAUGAGUGUGGCAAACCAGGUAGAUAUGGAGUGUACACUCUUGUGUCACAGUAUAUAGCCUGGAUAAACAAGACAAUGAGUGAAAACUAAAAGCAGUAUAUAUUUGUAGUUUUACUUCAGUGUUUGGGUCAGUGUCUGUAGAUCUGUGAUGCAUUUCGACCUCAACAAAAUUUAAACUUGACUGUGUUAGUGUUAUGUAUAGUAAAGUUUGUUUGGCACAUCAAACUUAUAUACUAGGCCACACUUAAUUAAUUAACAAGCUAAUUAAACUAAGUAACAAACUAAACUUGCAUGCACACUCAUUGUUAUGUCCCAGGGCGUAAUUUUUUUUUUUUACUAGUUGCGUGCCGUUUUUCUGUGUUUUGCUCUCUCUUGUUUUCUCUCUCUCCUCUCUCUUCUCAGUGCAAAGCUUAAUGGAGACCAACUCACUUUGUUUGUCUCCAGGCUGCUGAGGCUGGCUUCUCCUGUUCCAGACGAUAGCAAGUGUGCUGUUGUGUGUUUUUUUCUUGUUGUUAGUGUACAACGUAUUGUUAGCUAAAGUAGACUUGGUAAUGUUUAAGUUCAUUGACACUUUAGGAAGCUGUUGAUAAUUUAAUUGUUAUUUUGGAAAGCGGUAGGGAGGCGGAUACCAUUUUUGUUCCUGCUCCUGUUUUCUCCUGUGUUUGGUUAGAAAGGAAGGAAGGGAAGAAUUUUGUUGUUAAUUUUAUUUUAUUUUAUCGAAAGUUUAGAAAAUACUCUCUCUCAAAGUCAGAACUGUUUUGUUUGUUAUUUUAGCCUGGUCCCCUCCUGAAAUCUUUUUGAAGCUUCCCUUUUUUUUGCAUCUGAACUUACCAAAUAAAUGUUAAUCUUAA